AAGUCUAAAACCCUAAAACCCUAAAAUUUGACCAUUUGUCCUUCUCUCUGCUUCUUUGCUUCUCCAAGCCCCGGUAGAGAAGUUGCUAUUCCUUUUCUUUGGAUAAGAUGUAUCUCCAGUUCUACAUAAAUGAGAAUGGUGACAAAGUUUACACCACUAAGAAAGAAUCACCAGUAGGGAUGCCUACUCAGUCUGCUCAUCCAGCACGUUUCUCCCCUGAUGACAAAUAUUCGAGACAAAGAGUUCUUUUGAAGAAACGAUUUGGUUUGUUGCCAACCCAGCAGCCACCUCCAAAGUAUUGAAUUGAUUAGAUAUAUCAAGCUGUACUUUUCUGAAGCUUUGUUUCUAGAGUACCAAUGAAUGCCUUUGGCUGUAUAAUGCAGUUUCUCUUUGCUUUAGGAUGCUUAUUUAAAACUAUACACAGUUUAAUGUGUGCUUGUAAGGACACAUCUCAAGUAUAUGAAUGCAAGUAGUACGAUUUGUGUCAAGAUUGUUGUUUUA